AUUUGUUAAACAUUUUCUUUAUAGAUGAGGUUCGCAACGGCGCUUAUCGAGAACUGUUUCAUCCAGAACAACUUAUGACCGGAAAAGAGGAUGCGGCGAAUAACUAUGCCAGAGGACACUAUACAAUCGGCAAGGAGAUGGUGGACCUUGUACUAGACAGAAUCCGAAAGCUGUCUGACCAGUGUACCGGUCUCCAGGGAUUUCUGCUGUUCCAUAGCUUUGGUGGAGGUACUGGAUCUGGAUUCGCAUCUCUCUUGAUGGAGCGCCUGUCUGUCGACUACGGCAAGAAGUCAAAGCUGGAGUUUGCCAUCUACCCAGCGCCGCAGGUAUCCACUGCCGUUGUAGAGCCUUACAACUCUGUCCUCACCACUCACACCACUUUAGAACAUUCCGACUGUGCAUUCAUGGUUGACAACGAGGCAAUAUACGACAUCUGCAGACGAAAUCUUGACAUAGAACGUCCAACGUACACCAAUUUGAAUCGUUUAAUUGGCCAAAUUGUUUCGUCAAUUACUGCUUCUCUUCGCUUUGACGGUGCCCUCAAUGUCGAUUUGACGGAAUUCCAGACCAACUUGGUACCAUACCCACGUAUUCACUUCCCCCUCGCUACGUAUGCUCCUGUAGUUUCUGCCGAGAAAGCUUACCACGAACAGCUAAGUGUGGCAGAGAUUACAAACGCUUGUUUUGAGCCAGUCAACCAAAUGGUAAAAUGCGAUCCACGUCAUGGCAAGUACAUGGCCUGCUGUAUGCUUUAUCGUGGAGACGUCGUGCCUAAAGAUGUCAAUGCAGCGAUAGCUACCAUCAAGACUAAACGAACCAUUCAGUUUGUCGACUGGUGCCCAACGGGUUUUAAGGUCGGAAUCAACUACCAACCACCAACCAUCGUUCCUGGAGGCGACUUGGCCAAAGUACAACGUGCUGUGUGUAUGUUGAGUAACACCACUGCAAUCGCAGAGGCAUGGGCUCGUCUUGAUCACAAGUUCGAUCUGAUGUACGCCAAACGAGCGUUCGUUCACUGGUAUGUAGGUGAAGGUAUGGAAGAAGGAGAAUUCUCAGAAGCCCGUGAAGAUUUGGCAGCUCUGGAGAAGGAUUACGAAGAGGUCGGUGUCGACUCAGCCGAUAACGAGGAAGAAGAGGGCGAAGCAGAUGAAUAUUAAAUGUGCAAUUAUUCUAACAAAGCAGUUCAUCUUCUGUUUUUUUUAUUAUGUUGUCAAUAACUCACAAAACAUGAAACUGGCAGCGACUCGUGCGAUCUGUCAUUUUAACAAUGUACAAGUCUCCCUCCAAUAACGACAACUAUUAGGACCGUAGUUUCCCUGGUCUUUAGCAGCAUUGGUCUUUAAUUAGAAAAAAAAGUAUUAAAGAUAAAAAGUAGCUAUUCACUUGUGACUGCAGAAAUGGUGUCUUUAAUUGGAGGGAGGGCUCUUAAUUUAGAGAGAGACCUGUAGUUCAAAAAGAAUAUUUAACGGAUGAAACAGUAAUACAAAAACAGUAAAUUGUUCAAGAGGAUGUAGUAUUAAUGCGAGCCAAAGAUUUUUUUUUCUCCAAAAUGUGAUAUUGUUUAAUUGUGCAUUGUCGCGUAGUUAUAUAAUGUAAAAUUUGUGAUUAUUUAUUUUUUGCAAGAAUUUAUGUUAAUAAUGUAAGGUGUUCGCAACAGUUUGUCGGCGUUAUUGAACUGUGACGCAACAACUGGAUGUAUCCGACUGUUUUUCGUAAGUAAUGCAGUUCGUUAUAAAAUUCCGUACUUUGCUUUUAUUCCUUCCAGCUUUGUCUUCCUUUAGGCCUAGGCCUAUUGAUUUGUGUAUGAUGCAAAUAUGAACAAAUGAUGUUAUCUUAAUGUAUUAUCGUCACUGUUCCUAUAGUAUUAGACCUUGAUAGUAAUUAUCGUCGGUUAGUUCGGACAGACCUUUUUGACAAUACUCUGCAGAUAUUCUGAUGGGGGAGAAAACGAGGAUUUUCCGCUCUGCAUUCGCUUAUACGAAGGAAAUGCAUGCUUUCCCGAGGUGUGUUGCAAAAAUUACACUUUACAGACAAAUUUGACCACGUUUAGUGGAAUGAAUUCAAUUUACUUCAAUUUUGUGGAAAUUCAUUGACAAUUAAAGGUUAAAAGAACAUGAUGUUCAAAGUAUUGCCGCCAGCCAAUCUCAGACUGCGUCAGCCAAGUCUUUUUGUUUUUAGGGUGAUGUAAUAUCUUCUGAAUUAUAAAUGGCGUUCAUUUUUAACAAUAGAAAGCAAAUGCAUUCUACUGUAAAGGAGAUGAAAUGAAAGUACCGUGCGUAUGCCAUAAGUUUUAUAACCUUUAAGUACUUGAUUAUGACGUCGGCACUGACCCAUUGAUGCUGCACUCUUGGGUUUAACCGUCAUCUUACGUGAAUUUUAAAUUUCAAUUGAUUUGAGUAUUGGAAUUAAAAGAAAGCAUAAAAACGGCAA